CAUCCCACUGUUAUUUAAUGAUACCUUCUGUGUGCAAAUAACAAAAUGCUUUGGAAUAUGUCUCUUUCUGCAAAGAGUGUACCUUUCCAUGAAGAGGGACAGAAGACACAACCAUCAUAAAAUUCAUCUUAAGCAUAAUGUCAAAUGAGUGGUAGAAACAAUAGUGUGGGCAUUCAGGAAUGGGAAAAAUCACUCUGACUUGGGAUGGCUAGGGUAAACUUCCUGGAGAAGUUGAGACUUAGUUAAGAUCAUGUAGGAUGUCUGGUUAAUGGCACAUCUGAUAUGGGUAAAAAAAUGAACAAAAUUUGCAAUGGAAUACAUUGUACAAAUGUGAUGGCCAUUGGAUACAGUGGAAUGACAGUCAACCUUGUGUGGGAGAGGAGAGGAUAGGCAGGAAAUUGGAUCAGAUUGUGGAGGGUCUUUAGUUUUGUUUUUGUUUUUGUUUUUUUUCCAAAAACAUUCCUUGGAAGUAUCCUAUUUCAUCAAGCAUAAGCCAUAAAUAUUAGGGCUGGAAAAUCCUUCAUGGCUUUGCUGACAUGAAAAAAAAGAACCUGCUUUAUUGAUGAGCCUGUGUCUUUGUACAUUAUAUCCAUGAGUGCUAUUAAGUUCAGUGUUUUCUGUAUGUUUCAGACAUUAGUCUCUUACCAUGGGGGAUUGGAAUUUAUUGGGUGGCAUCCUAGAGGAAGUUCACUCCCACUCAACUAUAGUGGGGAAAAUCUGGCUGACCAUACUCUUCAUUUUCCGAAUGCUGGUACUUGGUGUGGCUGCUGAAGAUGUCUGGGAUGAUGAACAGUCAGCAUUUGCCUGCAACACCCAGCAGCCAGGUUGCAACAACAUCUGUUAUGAUGAUGCUUUCCCUAUCUCUUUGAUCAGGUUCUGGGUUUUACAGAUCAUCUUUGUGUCUUCUCCUUCUUUGGUGUAUAUGGGCCAUGUACUUUAUAGACUCAGGGCCUUCGAAAAGGAGAGGCAGAAGAAAAAGUCACACCUCCGAGUCCAGAUGGGGAAUCCCAAGCUUGAAUUGGAGGAGCAACAAAGGAUAGAUAGAGAGCUGAAGAGGUUAGAGGAGCAGAAGAGAAUUCAUAAAGUCCCUCUAAAAGGAUGUCUGCUGCGUACUUAUGUCUUACACAUCUUGACAAGAUCUGUGAUGGAAGUAGGGUUCAUGAUAGGCCAAUAUAUUCUAUAUGGGUUUCAAAUGCACCCACUUUACAAAUGCACUCAACCUCCUUGUCCUAAUGUAGUGGAUUGCUUUGUAUCCAGGCCUACAGAGAAGACAAUUUUCAUGCUCUUUAUGCACAGCAUUGCAGCCAUCUCUUUGUUCCUCAAUGUACUGGAAAUAUUUCAUCUGGGAAUCAGGAAAAUCAUGAGGGCAUUUUAUGAGAAAUCCAGCAAUGAGGGCACUGAGGAUGAAAGCAGCAUCCCAUUCCAUUUGAAAAAAUAUUCAGUGGCCCAGGAGUGUAUGAUUUGCUCUCCCUUGCCUAAAAGAAUCCCUCUACUUCAAGCAAACAAUCAACAGCAAGUCAUUCGAGUCAAUGUGCCAAAGUCUAAGACCAUGUGGCAAAGCUCACAGCUCAUGCAACUUGGAGUAGACUCUUGCUGUAUUAAAGAAGAGUGGGCUGAGAAGGAUCAGCACAGUGGACAGCUCCAUGCCCACAGCCCAUGUCUCUGGGAAGCCGGUACUCAAAGUCAGCACCCCGGACAGCAACCGGACCUUUCCUCUGGCCUACACAACGCAAAGUCUCACUCCUGCCUAGGUACAGAGAUAGCUCCCAGACACUGCCCAUCCUAUGCAAUAGGAACCUGGGGGCAGUCCCAGGAUCGACGACCCUCAGGAGAGGCUCUCACAGAUUUAAACAGUAAAUGUAGAGACAGCAAUGGCAGUGUGAGAAAGAGUGGGGUCUGGACAGACAGAUCUUAUCCAGGCAGUCACAAGGCCAGCUUUCUGCCCAGAUUACUGUCUGAAAAGGGACACUUGUACAGUGACUCAGGAAGCUCCAGUUCUCGAAACAGCUCUUGCUUGGACCUUCUGCACCAGGAAAAUAGCCCCUCGCUUCUGCCUUCAGCCACUGGGUACAGAACAUCAAUGAACAUGCUUCUAGAACUUUCGUCUCUUAUGAAAAAAUAAUUCAUGUGUGGGGCCAGAAAAAUGAACCCAGGAGUAACUGGCAUCUGCGGGAGAAAAGUUGCACUUUUGUUAGCUCAAACUUUGAGAAGAACUGCGGGAACCAUUCCCUCCACAGAGACACCCACCGGGCGAUGGGUGUGUACAGGGUGCUCCCAGCUGGGCCCCCCCUCUACAGGAGACCCUCCCCUGAUGGGGCUGGGAUCAGUCUGUCACUGUGCCACCUGGUCUCACCGCCGGUCUGAUCUCAAGCAGGGGGAGGAAGGGAGGAAGUGCACCCUGGGAGAGAAAAUCUCGGGGUAAGAGCUGCUGCCCCUCUGAGGGGAGAAGGAUUGAGACAUGGCUGUCCUUCCCCCACCUAGCAGCCCGGUGGGAUUUGAUGCCCUGCUCGCUGCAGGGGGCACCCUGUUCUGCGGCGGCACAGCAGCAGUUAGGACCAUUGAUAGAUGGAGUCACUGACCGAUCGAUCUCCUGUUGGUUCCUUCUCUCUGGAGGACCCUGACACACUGGGGACUGCCUGGGAUGCUGCAGAAGAGAGCCCAGCAUUGGAUGGGGCUGGUCUGGGCUUCUAGCCCAAAUGGUUCCUGAGUCUUCUCUGUCUCCGUACUUUGCAGAGGUGGAAAUGAGGUGUGGAGAUAGGAAGAGGCAUGAUCUGUUCCACAGUAAGUUGGUAGAAGAGCCAGUGAAGACCAGGUGGAUGAAAAUGAUGCUGGGGCCAAGUCCAAGUGGGUAUCACUAAGGGACAGAGCAUAUUCCAGGUGCUUAAGACACGUUCUCUCUACCUUGUACAACUGUGUAAAGUUACUGUUCAUCCCCAUUUUAUAGAUCAGAGAAGGCUCAAAGAGACUAAGUAGCUUGCCCCACAGCUCAAGGUUGCACAGCUGAAGUGUCUGCCAUGCAGCUGAAUUCAGACCCAGAUCCCGCUGCUCCAAGGCGCAAACUCCUUCCAGGAAGCCAUGAAGCCAUGCUCUCUCCUAUCCAUGACGAUCAGCAGCCCCUGGGCAAUGAUUUAUUUGCAUAUCUUCCUGUCCAACUAGCCUGUGGAAGCUGUAAGGAUAAGGGCUGUACAUUUUCAAUCUUGGAUGCCCAGCAUGCAGCACAGUGUUGGUUGGUUGAAUGAACGUAUGUUUCUGUAUAGAUGCCAAAGACAAUAUAUGACCUUUUGCUUUCAGCUCUCCAGUCUAUUCCUUAUUCACUGGUGUU